UGGCCCCAGGCGCCCCUCGGGCCCGCGACCCCGCGUCCUGCGCCGAAGCCGCUCCCCCCCCCCCUGCGGCCAUGCGCUCCUCCGUGGCCGCCGAGGCCGCGCGGGCCUUGGCGUUCGAGGAGCGCGAGCCGAUGUGCGCCGGGGGCGGAGGCGCGCCCGAGAUCGGCCGGAUCAAGUCGAACCCGGGGCUGCGCCUCGCCCGCCAGCGGCCGUGGACCCUCGCGGCGGGCGGCGCGGUGGCGGUCGUGCUGGUGGUCCUCGCGGUGAUCUCGGCAGUGAAGGCCGGGGGCGCCCCCGAGAGCAGCCCGCACCGGCGCGCGGAGGUGGUCAUGGGCCACCCGCCGGAGCACGUGAGGACCCAGCACCCGACACCGGCCCCUGGCGUGAAGCACGGCGUCAACAUCGGCAACGUGGUGGGCCCGCUCGUCGUGCCACCGGUGGAGCCGGUGCCGGGCAAGGCCGGCGGAGCCAGCGAUGCGGGGCCAGCACAGGGGCCCGCGCGGCUGGUCGUGGGGCACCCGCCAGAGCACACGCGGACGGUACCGCAGCCUGCGGCUGCGCCCGCGCCGCCGGAUGCAGACGUUGCCGCAGAGAGCGGCGGCGCGGAGCAAUGAUGCAAGCAGUGGCGAGGCGUCUUGGCCUGCCUAUAGGCCCACCGUUUAGUUUUCUCAGCAUUAUGCGAUUCGCACGACGCGUCCUUAGAGUUUGCAGGACAUGCUGUUGGAGCAUGUCUGGCUGAAACAGUCGGGCUUAUAGACUUUAUGUACGUUCUAUGGCCAUUGCUUUCAUUAUGAGUUCUCAGGUCCUGUCGUGGUAGGCCUAUAGGAAUGCCGGGACGGCGGGUCCCUACUCAAGUGAUCGCCCUUGGACCUUGGACACGGCUUUCUCGGAGUCCCUUUCCUUCCAGUCAAGCAUGCGUAGAACAGACAGUCUUUCGCAGCCCCCGAGGGCGACGCCAUUUCGUGACAGGGCGGCUGAUGCAUCGCACCCUGGCAGUGCAGAACUGCUGCAUGCAAUUGUCAAUGCUACUCUCGCUUCUGUCUCUCCCUCCUUCCCUCCCUCCAUCUCUCUCAUCGCCCCCACCUCUCUCUUUCGUUUUUUCUAUGCACCCUUGCUCUCCGCGCCGUCACCUGAACCUCCUCAUCACUUGCAUGUCCAACGCCUGGCCUCACCAUGUAUUUGUUUAACUAUGACUGGGCCGUGCCAUUGCGUUCGCCUCUUCCGGCGAGCAAGUUUCCGCACAGCGCGUCCUCUCGACACCUGCUCCAUUUUAGGGUCGAGCUCACAUGUAAUGGUAGAAUUAUGUAUCGGAUGCGCGGCUGUGCGCAGCUUCUGUAUCCAUCCAUGCGAUGCGCCGAGUGUCACACAGAUAUGUCGGCCAAGUUCGUAAAGCGGACAAGAGCAGACUCGUACAAACGCGGGG